AUGGCCACUUCUAUUGCAAAUAAGAAGGACAAUUUCGAUUGGCUCAUUAAAAUUCUAUUGAUAGGGGAUUCUGGUGUAGGAAAAACGAAUGUGUUAUUAAGAUUUUGUGAAAAUAAUUUCUAGCAAACAUACUUAUCAACAAUUGGAAUAGAUUUCAAAAUAAAAUCAAUUGAUGUUGAAGGUAAGAAAAUCAAGAUGUAAAUUUGGGAUACUGCAGGGUAAGAGAGAUUUAAGACAAUUACUUAGACAUAUUAUAAAGGGGCAAUGGGAAUUAUUCUUGUAUAUUCCAUUGAUGAUAAGGACUCGUUUACUAAUAUUUCCAGCUGGAUGAAUCAAAUUAAGCAACAUGCAAGUGAAAAUGUUUGUAAAUUGCUUAUAGGGAAUAAAAUUGAUGUGCCAAAUAGACAAGUCUCAAAAGAAGAAGGGGAAGCAUUAGCAAAGUAGUAUGGAGUUCCAUUUUUUGAAACUUCAGCCAAGGAUGGUACAUAAGUGGCAGAAGCCUUCAUUGCAAUGGCCAGGGCAGUCAAGGCUAAUCUAUAAAAUGAAAAAUCACCUAAUCCAAGUAAUCCCUAAAAUGGACCAUAAUAAUUAAAACCAAAUAAUGGUGCAGAUGAAGAAAAAAAGAAGACUGGGUGUUGUUGAAUUGAAUAAAAAUAAAAAACAAUAAAUAAUUUCAUCUUUUAAUUA